UAUAUGUCCCAGGGCAACUACGCUAAGAUGAACGGUCUGCCCCUGUUUAUGGACUUUGGCCCCCAAGUGCUCGAUGGCAACGAAUGGACUCAGAUUUUCAGCCCCUAUAACCCUAAGCCCGAGUUUAUCCGACUAUGGUAUCAGCAAAAGUCUACCGGUGGAAUGUCACAGGGCGAAUUCGCCUGGCCCGCUCAGGACUUUAUUGGCGGUCUUAACAACUUUUAUAACAAAGGUGGAUUAAAAGUGGGAUGUGCCUACUCGGGUUUCAACUCGUUCUACAAGGAGGGUGGUUGGGGCGACUUUCCCUGGUCAAUUCCGGUCAAUACAAACAACUUCCAACAGACACUGGACCUGGCACUGCAACACACUGACGUGGUGCAAGUGGCCACCUGGAACGAUUACGGCGAGGGCACCCAGAUUGAGCCCACGUUGGAAUUUCAGUACCAAUUUUUG